CGGCUUCGGGUUUCAGUUGGUUUCGCUGAGUCUCCAGCUGCUUCUGCAGCUUGUUCGUGUCUCUCAGCCUCCCAGGGUCCUUUUUCUCUCCCGGGCUGCCCGCAUUUCGGCGCAGCGCAGCAGAAAUGAGCUUUCUGUCCAGAACUUAGAGGGUUUCUCCUCCGAACUCUGUGUCCUCGCCUGAAGAAGCCAGAACCCCGCCCCCUUUUGCUAACAUGAGAAGUCGAAGCAAUUCUGGGGUUAAACUGGACAAUUAUGCCCGGAUAGUGCAUCAAACUAUCCUGCAACACCAAGAUCCAGUGACCGGCCUUCUUCCAGGGAGCAGUGACCAUCCUGACGCCUGGGUCAGGGACAAUGUCUACAGCAUUGUGUCCGUUUGGGCCCUCAGUCUGGCCUACAGGAAGAACGCGGACCGCGAUGAGGACAAGGCCAAGGCCUAUGAGCUGGAGCAGAGUGUGGUGAAGCUGAUGAGGGGUGUGCUCCAGUGUAUAAUGAGGCAGAUGGACAAGAUAGAGAAGUUUAAAUACAGCCGGAGCACCAAGGACUCGCUCCACGCCAAGUACAACACCAGGACCUGCGCCACCGUCGUCGGGGACGACCAGUGGGGCCACCUGCAGGUGGACGCCACCUCUCUGUUCUUGCUCUUCCUGGCUCAGAUGACUGCCUCAGGCCUUCAUAUCAUCUACACUCAAGACGAAGUGGACGUGGUUCAGAAUCUCAUGUUCUACAUCGAGGCGUCCUACAAAGUGGCUGAUUAUGGGAUGUGGGAGAGAGGAGACAAAACCAACCAGGGCAUCACAGAGCUGAACGCCAGCUCCAUAGGCACCGCUAAGGCAGCUUUGGAGGCUCUGGAUGAACUUAACCUUUUUGGAGCAAAAGGAGGUCCUGGAUCUGUGGUCCAUGCUCUGGCUGAUGACAUACAGCACUGCCAAUCCAUCCUGACGUCGAUGUUACCCAGAGCAUCCAUCUCUAAGGAGGUGGACGCCGGAGUCCUGGCCAUCCUCACCUACCCCGCCUUCGCCGUGGAGGACAUGAGCAUAGUCAACAUGACCAAGGAGGAGAUCAUCUCCAAACUUCAGGGUCGAUACGGCUGCUGCAGGUUUCUAAGAGACGGCCACAAAACUCCCCGAGAGGACCCAAACAGGCUGUAUUACGAGUCGGCUGAGCUAAAGCUGUUUGAGAACAUAGAGUGCGAGUGGCCUCUGUUUUGGACUUAUCUCAUACUGGACGGCAUUUUUAGCAACAGCCAUGAGCAGGUGCAGGAGUACCAGGAGGCGCUGGAGGGGAUCCUGAUCAAACAGAAGGAUGGGAUCAGGCUGCUGCCAGAGCUCUACAGCGUCCCUCCAGAAAAGGUGGAGGAAGAGUACAUGAACCCUCACUCCGUAGAAAGGAUCCCGAUGGGGAAAUGUCCCCUGAAAUGGGGACAAUCCCUCUACAUCCUUGGAAAACUUUUAUCUGAGGGUUUUCUUGCCCCCGGAGAGAUUGACCCUCUUAACCGACGGUUUUCAACGGUCCCCAAGCCUGAUGUAGUUGUUCAGGUGUCCGUUUUGGCUGAGACGGAGGAAAUCAAGGAGCUGCUGAUGAAGAACGGUAUAAACGUGGAAACGGUGGCUGAUAUCCAUCCCAUCCACGUUCAACCAUCCAGGGUCCUCAGCCACAUCUACGCCAGGCUCGGCCGCAAUCCAAGGCUAGGUCUGACGGGGCGACCCUACAGAAGAAUAGGAGUGCUCGGAACGUCCAAGUUCUACAUUAUCAGAAAUACCAUCUUUGCUUUCACACCUCAGUUUAUCGACCACCAGCAGUUCUACUUGGCUCUGGACAACAAGAUGAUUGUGGAGAUGCUGAGGAAUGAGAUCGCCUACCUCUCGUCUAGAUGGAGGAUAACUGGACGACCAACGGUCACCUUCCCCAUCUCCCAGACUAUGCUGACUGAAGACCGUUCUGAUCUGGACCCUGCAGUCUUGGCUACCCUGAAGAAGUUACAGGAUGGAUAUUACGGAGGAGCAAGGACCCAGACUGGAAAACUGUCGGAGUUCCUGACCACUUCCUGCUGUGCUCACCUCAGCUUCCUGGACGGUAAGGGUUCCGGCAGCAUGGGCCGGCACGGCGACCAUUAUGGUGAUGAUGAUGAUGACGGCGAUGGAUACGUGCAUGAAUUGCGUAAUGAUGAUGAAGCGGACGACCUCGCCCAGUAUCUGGACCACCUGCUGGCGCACUCUGUCCCCAAGAAGUCCAAGCAUCAGGCGGGAGGCCUGGGAAGGUUCAAAGCUGUGGCCACCAAAACCAAAGAGAUGGUUUCCCUGAUGAACAAAGCUCAGGAUCUGAACAUUCAAAAUGUCAACAUGUACCUGCCGAGCAAGCUGUUUCGUUCUUCUCAGCCGUCGCUCAACCUGAACCUCCCAGACCCCUCUGAACCACAGGAGCCUCAGAGCUCUGAGGUGUCAAUUAGCGUGGAGAGCGGGAUCCCCAGAGACGAGAGCGGAGCCAUCGACUACAACGCUCUGGUGCAGCUGCUGAAAGACACGAAAAGCCUCCCGGACCAGGCAGACAUACUCUACAUCCUCUUCAAAGACAAAGGUAUGGAGUGGGACACCGGGCUGCAUGGGAAAGGCUCCACAGUCAAAUCUCUGCUGAGCGAACUUUAUGAGAAGGCUGGUGACCUCAAGCACUGGGGCCUCAUCAGGAUGAUAUCAGGCAUGCUGAAGAAGAAGGUGGAGGAGCUCGACUCGGCGUGCUCUGAUUUGUUGGCGCACCAGAAGCACCUGACAGUGGGCCUCCCUCCUGAGCCGAGGGAGAAAACCAUCACGGCCCCGAUCCCUCCGGACCAGCUAGCUGCUCUCAUCGACGAGGCCAGCGACAACAACAUCAGCGUGGCCAUCCUCACCCAGGAGAUCAUGGUGUACCUGGCAAUGAGCAUCAGAACCCAACCCAGUCUGUUUAGCGAGAUGUUCCGGCUGCGUAUCGGUCUCAUUAUCCAGGUUAUGGCUACUGAACUGGCUCAGUCUCUCAACUGCUCAGGAGAGGAGGCCACCGAGAGUCUGACGAGUCUCAGUCCGUCCGAGCUGAAGAAUCUGCUGCACCACAUCCUGAGUGGGAAAGAGUUUGGAGUGCAGCGCAGCGUAAGGGAGGUGGAUGCUGGGGUCAGUCCUGCUAUCUCCAUCCAUCACCUAGGCAACGCAGGAGCCACGAAGAGCGAGAGAGCGGGCAUCAGUAAGCUGAAGAGCGACAUGAAGAUGUUCGACCAGCCAUUGACGCCUACUGAGAAGGGCGCCCGAGCUCAGUCAAUGGACAUAGAAAGCAUCGAAUCUGGGAGGUACAGGCUCCCGUCUGUAGAGUCUCUUGACGUUCCAGACAGCUUCCCCGGUUCCAAGGACUCCAGACACGGACAGUGGCUGCGCAGGAGGCGGCUGGACGGCGCGCUUAACAGGGUUCCAGUUGGCUUCUACCAGAAAGUGUGGAAGAUCCUGCAGAAGUGCCACGGUCUGUCCAUAGAGGGCUUUGUCCUGCCAUCUUCAACCACCAGAGAGAUGACCCCUGGAGAGAUAAAGUUCUCUGUCCACGUGGAGACGGUGCUGAACCGCGUCCCGCAGCCUGAGUACCGACAGCUCCUGGUUGAGGCCAUCCUGGUCCUCACCAUGCUGGCCGACGUGGACAUCCCCAGCAUCGGCUCCAUCAUUCAUGUGGAGAAAAUCGUCCACCAGGCCAACGACAUGUUCUACAAAGAUCAGAAGGACCUGGGAGCAGAAGAACACAUCCUGGAAAAGGACCCGUCCACAGGAGUGUGCAGGCUGCUGUACGACAGCGCCCCCAGUGGACGCUUUGGGAGCAUGACCUACCUCACGAAAGCUGUGGCAGUGUAUGUGCAGGACUUCCUGCCCAGUGGGGCGUGUGCAGUGCAGUGAUGGUCUACAAGAAAAGAAAAUAUUCUAGAGUGUUUAUGAUAAAGUCAUAAAUGAAUAGAGAGGAUUGAGAAAAGCAGAGAAUCUUUAGGAUGUCGAAGGGGUCGAAGCCAAACGGCACUCUGUCAUGUUUCUACCUUUAGUUGGGUUUUUCUCUUUGCAAGCUUGCAUUUUUAAGAAAGUGCUCUUAUGUAAUGAACAGCCUCUGCGUUAUUAAACCGUAUCCACCACCUUUCAUCCCCUUUAAUCUGCACAGGAUUUUUAAUUUUCUUUUGUACCUGCAGAAAUGAUCAAAUUAUUAAGACCAAACUCACAAGCAGAUCCCAGCUAUAUGCUCUUCUAAUGCGUUUAGGAUACUGUACAAGUUAAAGUACACAAGAUAAGUGUAUUUUUACUUCUAGAUCAAAUGU